AAUAGUGAAGGAGCGUAGUCAAGGGUAGACAACUAUCUCCCGGUGGAGCUCUUCGGUCAAAUCAUCCUUCGUUAAGUCUUGUAGUCAGUUGUUUGUCCCCUAAUUAAUUUUUGUCUUAUCGAAGGAGUUUUGCUAUUUUUUUUAAAAGAAAAUCAACAAGCAUGCCAGACUAUUUGGGAAACGACCAGAGGAAAGUAAAAGAGGAGGAGAACGACAAGGAGAAAUCCAUCCAAGCACUUGAUGAAGGAGACAUUGCCCUUUUGAAAACCUACGGUGUGGGUCAGUACAGUAAACUAAUCAAGGCUUGUGAAGAUGAUGUCCAGAGUAACUUAAAGAAAGUCAAUGAACUCACAGGAAUUAAAGAAUCCGAUACAGGGCUUGCCCCUCCAGCUCAUUGGGAUUUAGCAGCUGAUAAGCAAAAUCUACAAAAUGACCAGCCGUUGCAAGUGGCCCGCUGUACCAAAAUAAUUAAUGCCGACACUGAUGACCCGAAGUAUAUCAUUAAUGUGAAACAGUUUGCCAAAUUUGUUGUAGAUCUUGGAGAUCAGGUUGCUCCAACCGAUAUUGAAGAAGGAAUGAGAGUUGGAGUUGACAGGAACAAGUAUCAGAUUCACAUUCCUCUGCCACCAAAAAUUGAUCCAACCGUUACUAUGAUGCAGGUUGAGGAGACACCUGAUGUGACGUAUGAGGAUGUUGGUGGAUGUAAGGAGCAAAUUGACAAGCUUCGGGAAGUCGUUGAAACACCUAUGUUACAUCCGGAAAGGUUUGUAGAUCUGGGUAUUGAGCCACCUAAAGGAGUAUUGCUUUUCGGUCCUCCUGGCACUGGUAAGACCUUGUGUGCCCGAGCCGUCGCAAACCGAACUGACGCCUGUUUCAUUCGAGUCAUCGGAUCAGAACUUGUACAGAAAUAUGUUGGUGAGGGAGCACGAAUGGUUCGUGAACUUUUUGAAAUGGCUCGAAACAAAAAGGCUUGCAUCAUUUUCUUUGAUGAAAUUGAUGCUAUUGGAGGGGCUCGAUUUGAUGAUGGAGCUGGUGGAGAUAAUGAAGUACAGCGUACCAUGCUGGAACUCAUCAACCAGUUGGAUGGUUUUGACCCCCGAGGUAAUAUUAAAGUAUUGAUGGCCACCAAUAGACCAGAUACCUUGGACCCAGCUCUCAUGAGACCUGGACGGUUAGACAGGAAGAUAGAAUUUGGAUUACCUGACCACGAAGGACGAACUCACAUUUUCAAAAUUCACACCAAAUCAAUGAGUGUUGAAAGCAAAAUCCGUUAUGAGUUAUUGGCCAGGCUUUGUCCCAACAGCACCGGUGCUGAAAUCCGUAGUGUUUGUACAGAAGCAGGCAUGUUUGCCAUUCGAACGCGGAGGAAAGUUGCAAUAGAGAAAGAUUUCUUGGAGGCAGUCCACAAAGUCAUCAAAGGAUUGGCUAAAUUCAGUGCCACACCACGAUACAUGACUUACAAUUAAAGAACUAUCAUGGUUAUAUCUCUUUCUCUAUAUAUCUAGAUUAAUAUAUUUUAAGCUUAAAUGUUUUUUUUUAAACUGUUUUCUUAUGUCAAAACUCCUUCACAUCAGUUUUUGCUGAAUAAAAUUUAUUGAAAAUUC